AUGGUAAAGCUCGCAGGCGGAUGGAUAGACCUGAACGAGAGAUACGGAGAGAUGUUCAAAGGCGACUUCAACCCCAAUAUCUGCAAUAAGAAUACCCUCAAAGUCUUGGGCCUGACACACCAUUGCAAAGACUGCAAGGCGCCCCCGCAGAAGAAGUGCUUCUGGCAACUACAUUUCGCGUUCUGUGAUGAGUGCGGCGAGCGCUUCACGGUCUGGUCCAGGGGAUGCGGAAAGCAUCCUUACAGCCACGGCUACAAUAUCGUUUUCAAGGCCGUACGUGAUGACUGGCCGGCUUCGGAGAUAGAGCGACUGUUGGCGCCAAAUGGUACUGUUCAGGUCGAGGACUUCGCGGACCUACUCGACAACGGGGCCCCCUCCCCUAGUCAAGACCCCGAGGAUGACGAUGUUGCUGAGCUCGCUGGAACGGUCGCAGACGCCGAUAUCAGUACGAAUGGCGAAACCAUCGAAGACGCUGCCUCUAUGCAAACGACCCCGGUGCUCGGAGCUGACUCCAACGUCGAAGUCCAACAAACCGUCGCGUCGCCUCCCCCCAUCCCCACAGACAAGACUUCCAGAACGUCGCCAUGGCUUCCCACCGGUCUCAAAGGUAAAGACGCCAAGGGCAUGAGACAAGCGCGUGCGGCGACCGGAAGAAAGAUACGACGGGACACAGAGGCUGCUGUGCAAGCCGAGAUAGCUGCGGAUGAACGCGUGAAAGAAGCGCAGAGAGCGAAGAGAGCGGCCGACGUGGCUAAGAAAGCAGAGCAAGAGAAGACGAGGAUGGGAAGAACUGGUCAUAAGCGGAAGUAG